CUUGCUUCCGGUUAGUUCAAGACUUUCUCACCAUGGCUGAAGAGGGACUCACCGUGAAUAUUACAGACUUGCCACACAAAGGGCUGCGUUUAGAUGAGGCCCAGCAGAACGAGGAGGAGGAGAAGGAGACUGCAGAUGGAACCUGGCAAAAGCUGCAGAGGGAGAGAAACGAGGCUGUGGAGAAACUCACUGAGUUCCAGAUGGUGUCUCAGAGAGUCAUAGAGGAAGUCAGCGCGAUUCAGGAGAACCUGCAGAUCGAGAGGAUGUGUAGAGAAAGUGCUGAAGCCCUGGCCUCAAAGUUAAAACGUCAAAACCGCUCUCUGAAGAGGAAGAGCAUGAUGAUGAUAUCGUACCUCAGCCCAGAAACCAUCAAAGACAUCAGCCUGGAUGAAGAAGAGCAAGCCGACGACGAGGAGAAAGUUGGGGGUGAAGAGGAGGAACAAGAAUCCGCUGCCACAGAAACCGACUGCACUGCCUGUAUCUCAGAGCUACAAAAUAAGUUGGAACUGACGCUUAAGGAGAAAAAUCAAGUAAUCUCUAAUCUUGAAUCCACGAGGCAACAACUAAAGACCACCUGUGAUGAACUGAUGAAAGAGAAACACAACAAAACGGAUUUAAUUGCCGAGUGUCUGCAACAAAAGAAGCUCCUGGAGCGUUACAGCAGAGUUUCUCAGUUUGCUGUGGAGGAAUACGAAGCUUUACAGCAUACCCUGGACCUGGAGCAGAACCUGAGGACAGAAGCAGAAAACUUCGCUAGAGACAUGCUGGUCGAACAGACAAAACUGAAGCGGCAGAGUCAGAUCCUGCUGCAGAGCUGCAUGCCCAGCCCAGCUCUGCAGGAUGUGGUCAGUCAGGUGGCCGCUCUGACUGAACAGAUGGAGACCCAGAGGCUGCAGCAUCAGAACCAGGUCAAGCAGAUGGAAGAAAAACUAAAGAGCUGUGAAACGCAGAAGGAACUGACAGCAUUAAAGCUGAAGCUGGAGCUCCUGGAAGAGGAAAAGGAGGAGUGCCGAAUCCGCUGCUUUAACGCUGAACAACAAGUCAAAGAUCUACAGUUUACAGUUGAGCAACUCCAAAAGAAGCUGAAUGCUGCCACCAACCCACCCCCAGCACCUCCGCCUCCACCUCCACCCUUACCUCCUGCAACCCCAGAGUUGACCUCUAACCCUCUCAGCGCGUUGCUGUCACUGAUUCGAAAGAGAAGGAACGUCAGCCAUGACAUCCCGUUGGUGGACCAGGACUCAGCCAAGCCUGCAGACAUCCGGCACCAGGCUGUGGAGGAAAUGAUGCAGAGAAUUAAAAAAGGAGUUCAACUUCGACCAGUGAAACAGCCACCAAACAGAAGUGAACCAAAGAUGGAGAGGCUGCCCUCUAAUUCUGCCAUUCAAGAACUUAAAGGAAUCAUGGAGAAUUUCAACAAAACUCGCCCUCAGCCCAAAGCUGUGUCACCAUCAGCAGGCCAGGACGAAGAGCUGCAGAGGAUUCUUCUGAGAAGGCGGGACAACCUGAAGUCCUAACAUAACGCCGCAAGUCACUCUCCUCAUCAUGUACAUUGUGAAAUGCUUACGCCGUUAUAAGUUAUUGGAUUCAUCCAGAAGUGUAAUGUCAAGAAAGGCCUUGUUCAGCCUCGGUGGAUAAGAGUCAUGAUCCCUUUGGUUAUGAUCCUAUUCCGAUUUUUUUUUUUCACACUUCCAAAUAUACACGACUUGUAUGUGCUCUCCAGUGUGAACUGGCAAACAACCUGAAAGUGCCCCGCAUGCGCAGUAGGGGGCGCAAUAACGUCACACACAGAGUGCGUGCUCAGUGCCUGCCAUGAACAAGAAGAAGAAGUAAAUGUGGAUGCUAACAGUGGAGCAUAGUUUACUCAUUUAAAGUUGUUGUCCAACCAGAGCCAGAAUAUUAACAACUUAAUAUCACCAUAACUUAACAUGUUAUGGUUGACUAUCAUGACAACCAUGACGUUGGGUUAUCAGGGUCACAGUCAAAAAAAAAUCUGACCUGUGUUGGUCAGAUUAUGUCAGUCAGUCAAUCAAUCAGUCAAUAAAAUAAAAAAUUGGAAUUGGGUCACUUCAGGCUGCAGCCUUUGACUCAACAAACUUAUUGUCUUACCUUCUGAGAAAAAAUAAAGAAAAUUUAAGUCAAUAUUUUUUUGCAUAGGUUUGGGUUUGGUUUGGUUUUCUUUUCAGAUUUUGUCCCCGUUUCUUUUUGAGAGUGAAACCUGAUGAUUUUCUGUGGCUGGAUGCGGAAAACAUUAGAUCACCUUUAGAGAGCAAAUGUUCACUCUGCAUUUUAAAUGACCCAUGAAGUCAGAUUCUAAGAAUCCCUAAUAUACUUCACAUAUAAACAGAUCUCCACACAUAAAAGAGGGAAAUAGAAACUGUUUGGGUACAUUUGAACUAAACCGAAUAACAUUUGUUAUGCUAUUUACAACUAUCUCCAACAGAAAGUCUUGUUAAGCAGCAACUUUGACUGAUAGUGCUUUUGCCUGAUCUUAUUGACAUAAAAAAAUAAUAUCUUGUUUUAUUAAAAUCAGUAGCAUACAAUUUCCCUGCAAUUUUUUACAGUCCUGCAGCUGAGAUUUUCUUUGCUCAAUUUUUUUUUGAAUAAAAUCAAAAUAUAAAAUACAUAGUUUGUUUCUACAAUAUACUGUAUGUAUUUUAUAUUUUACAAACUUUGUCUCUGUCACUGCAUGUGGGCUUUUAAAAAGCUAUUCAUAAAUGGAAAAUUAAAUUUAGGAUUAGGUCGUUGUGAUUUAUUCGUACUGGGAUGUUGACAUGCAUUAUCACUUUCAUGGUAACGUGAUCAACUUCUGAUUUUUUUACUAAAAAUCAGAAGUUUCUUUACUCUUUUUCUAAAGUGCACUACUAGAAUAAUGCAGCGUUUCUGAGCCUGCAGCAAAAAUAAAAGUCCUCGUCUGCAGAACACUCACAGAAACUAAUUGAUAUUUUGCUCAGCAAGAAUUCCAGGGAGAUGAUAUAGUUAAAGAUGUGAUAGGUACAUUUGACAAGAAUGUGAUUUUUAUAUAUUUGCUCAAACAUUCACUAUGUCCUCAUAGUUCAGGACAAUAGUGAACAAAUCCACUUGCUCUGGCUCCUCGCUGUGGUCCCACUGCUGUGCAGAAACACUUCGGUCCUAGUCAGAAAAAGACAAUCUCUUGCAUUAAUCAUAGUAGGAAGCAACUCUCUGCCUGGCUUCCUAACCAGAUGGCCAGACAGAGACUUAAAGAGAAGCUACAAAAGCAAAUGACAUGGAUUAGCAGAGCUAAUUCUGUUGCGACUGCUUAUCCAGAAAUGUUGACAUCACCAUAUCCAGCACCAGUCAAGGGCCUCUUCACAUUCGUUGCCAGUUUCUGGCAGUUUGCAGAUGCUAUCGUCUCCUGUUGUUGUCUGUAUUGCAGCGGUUCAGGAGUAGACUCUGACCGAAGACACUGUUGGUGGAUUAGUCUCAUAAAGAGGACACCUUUUAUCUUAUGUUUUUCAUUUCAUGCAAAAACCUUUGUUGUGCAACAAUCUCCAGAGGUUUCAGAGUCAUCUCCAAAACAGAAGCAGUCAUGCUUUUCUUUAGCAGGUUGCUGAGUUGCUGGCUCUGAUCCUGCUAGACGAUGGAAGAACACGACACACCGAAGAUAUUCACUGCAGGAACCUCUUCAGAAGCCAGUUAGGAUUAUCUAUCUAUCCAUCGAUCUAUCUGUCUGUCUAGAUAAGGUUUAGGCUGUAAAAAUGAAUGGAAGUCAAUGGAAAGUCCCUACAAAGAUAGCCACAUAAACCUGUGUGUGUGUGUUAUUAUUACUACCUUGUCAACCCACUGAGAAUUUUCAUAACUACAGGGAUCAGACUAAACUAUCUGCUGGCUGUUUUGUUACAGUGUCUUUGGCUGGAUUUCCCCUUAAAUCUCCAGCUAGUGAAGGCUUUUAGUCGGGUUUAGACCAGAGGAUCAGCCUGCAUCCUUUGAAUGCAACAAAGGCCAGACUGCUGAUUAAACCACGCUGUCAGGCUUUCCUGGUUCCGUUUUGUUUUCCCUGACACCUGCCCAGACUUCCCAGAUUCCUGCUCCGGCGAGGAAGUGAAACACGAGAGCUGUGGACUAUGACAGAUGUCUGUCACCUAUUGUGUCGGGCUGUUAAUUAAGGCUUUAAGCUUCAUUUAGCACUGAGAUACAAUUUCCUCCCCAACCGAGCCACCUAACACAGUCUGUGGACAAAUGGAACUGAAGUCUCUGACCAGAUUCAGCGGCAGCACGUUUUGAAGUGUACAAUCAUUGGUUUCCUUUUUCUUCCUUCCUACAGACACAAUGUUACACAAACACGCACACACUUUGUCUGUGGAUGCAAAGGCAGAAUACCAGCAGCGUGCCUGUAAAAACAGGGUGAAGGUGAACAAACAACAUACAGAAUUAUAACGUGUAGAUUACCCUGGAUAUCAUGUUGAAGGAGGCGUUAAACAGCCCACCACACUAUGACAUGAAAUGAAACUAUAGGGUUGUUUGUGUUGGUUUCUGUUGCUGCCUCAUUAAAUCCUCCUCGACUAGAGAUGUUUUUGUGACUAAGGCCGUCCUUUAGGCUCUACAGUGAGGCCAUAUUUAAUACCAGCUUUGAGGAGCGACUCUCUACCGUUUCCCUCUUCCUUUUAUGAGCUGACAAGUUGCUUCCUCCUUUCCCGCUGCAAUCUACUAAAGCCCGCCAGACUUGCUGACUUUAAUUAUCAGAUAUACACACGUUUUGAUCCAGGCAAAACAUACAAUUACACGUGGCGUGUCCUUUUUCCCCCCUCUGCCUGGUUGCCGCUGCCACACCUCUGAUCCUCGUUAAUCAACACAGCAAUGGAAUAAAUUGUUUUGUUUUCGUUUGUUUUCUUCCCUAAUUGCUGUUCCCUUAUAGCAAUUAGGGAGUUUUUAUUGUGUGUGUUGUGGGAAUACUUAUCUUGACCUGUUUAGUCAGUAAUUUUAUUAACUUUUCCACAGCACACAGGGCCUGUGCCCUGUGCCCGCUGUGGGCCCCUCACUCACACAAGGCUGUGUGUCCAGCCUUUGCUGCUCUUUGCAUAUUUUGUUGAUUAAAGGUUUGUUCUCUGACAUUUAACUUGUUGACUGUAUAAAAAACACUCAACAAGUUAAACUGAGUGCAGCCAAAGACGUGUAACCUAACAUUUACUGAGAAAGAAGCAAAAAAAAAAAAAAGGUCUUGUUUUACUCAAAGUGGCCAGUGAAACAGUUACCCUGCUAUUAUUGAAACAUUUAUUUCCUGAUGCAAUGUCAAUUAUAGUCUGUUUUUUUGAUCUUGCAUCACACAAAGUUGGACUUUAUAUAGUUUUUUUUUUUUAGCUGCUUCCUUGAUUUAGAUUUUUUUCCGUCUAUUUUUAUAUUCACAAAACAAACCCAAAGACAAACCGGGCAACUUUCUUUCCAAUUGUGCAACAUCCAGUUUAAUCUAGAUUAACUAAUUUCUUCUAAUACAAUGUAGUAUUAGAAGAAAUGAUUCUGAUCAGAUUUGAUUUAUUAUUCAAGUUAAACAAGGCGAUGGUGAAAUUCAAUUAAAUCAUUCAAUUCUAUUAAAAAAAAAGAUUUGUGUGCGCUUGCCAAGCAGAAACAUAAACAUUAUGGUUUUAGCAGAGUUCAGUCUGCCAUGUUUGGAGUUUGUAAGAUAUAGUUCCAAACUGGACAGCAAAACCGAUUGUCUCAGGGAAGUUGGUCUCUUUCGCGGGAAACGAGGCGCUAAGCCUUUUGCUGACGCAAAACGGUUGCUAAUCCGACACAGACGGAAUUAUUUUAGAACCUGAUAAUACAAGCAGAAAAAUAAAUGCAUACCAGCAAGACUCAGAUUUGCACAGGCUGAAAGCAGAUUGCUUUCUUAAAAAAAAAAAUCGGGAUCUGCACAACCGUGGUGGAAGGAAACCGGUGAAACUCAACCACAACAUUCACAACGGAGGUUUGUCUGGUGUUUCAUGAAACAGUGCGACAUUGCAAAGGUGGGAAAUAAGCUGAAAGACUUUUUUCUUUUUUUUGCUUAAGCUUUUUCAGCUGAAACUAUCCAGCAGAAACUCAA